CGGUCCCCGGGCCGUGCCGCUCUCCGGUUUCCUGUCCGGACGGAGCUCCCUUUUCCUCCCGCAGUUGUUGAACCAUGUCCGGCUUCCUGGAGAGCCUGCGGUGCUCCGAGUGCGUGGACUGGGGCGAGAAGCGCAACACCAUCGCCUCUGUGGCCGCGGGGGUGCUGUUUUUCACAGGCUGGUGGAUCAUCAUCGAUGCUGCUGUGAAAUACCCUCAAGUGGAAGACUUCAACCAUUCCUACCACGCCUGUGGAGUCAUAGCCACCAUUGCAUUCCUGAUGAUCAACGCCGUGUCCAACGGGCAGGUGCGGGGGGACAGCUACAGCGAGGGCUGCCUGGGCCAGACAGGGGCUCGCAUCUGGCUCUUCCUUGGCUUCAUGAUGGCUUUUGGGUCCCUCAUUGCUUCCAUGUGGAUCCUUUUUGGGGGGUACGUGGUUAAAGAAAAACCAGUGGUGUACCCAGGAAUAGCUGUGUUUUUCCAGAAUGCAUUCAUCUUUUUUGGGGGCCUGGUGUUCAAGUUUGGUCGCACAGAGGAUUUGUGGCAGUGAACCCCCCUGGAGUGCCCUGGGCUUUAACUGCACCCCCCCAAAGUUUUGUAAAACCAUUUUGUAAACCUUCCAUCGUGUCGAAAGAGAAAUCAAGGAAAGCUGAAAGCACUAAAUCCAGCUCUAUUCUGGUUAUUUUUUUUACUCUUGUACGUCCACUUCAGUGUUGUGGUGUUUUUGAGAAAUGUAAAAUUGCUACAAACAACGGUGGAGUCACUUUUCUAAAAUGAUGUUUGUUACAAAUAAAAGGUGAGUGGAAUAUGGAUGUAUUUAA